UUCACAGUGGUCGCUGAGCGUUACGCGCGGGCGGAGCGGGCAGCGGACCGAGAUUCUUCGCAAGAAGGCAAUUUGAAUUCGGCGCUGUCGGCGUCGCGGGGCGUCAUGCCUCGAGAGUGUAUCACGAUCCAGGCUGGGCAGUGCGGCAAUCAGGUAGGCUGCAAGUUCUGGGAAAGUGCGUUGCGAGAGCACGCCGCAGCUGCUUCCGGAACCCGCUACCCGGCAUUCGACGAUGCUUUGAGCAGCUUCUUCCGUAAUGUCGACACUCGAUAUACGCCGCCUAGGGAGAUCAAAGCUGGAAAUUGCAGUGUACCGAUUCAAUGCUUGAAGGCGAGAGCCGUGCUGAUUGACAUGGAAGAAGGGGUUGUAAAUCAGCUUUUGAAGGGACCCCUGUCGGAGUUGUUUGACGAAAAGCAGUACAUCACAGACAACUCAGGUUCCGGUAACAACUGGGCCCAAGGUCACGAGUUUUAUGGACCGAAAUAUUCUGAUGCUAUUCUCGAAAAAGUACGCCAUGAGGCUGAAUCGUGCCAUUCGCUCCAAAGCUUUUUCAUGCUGCACUCACUGGGUGGAGGAACAGGCUCGGGCGUCGGCAGCUACGUCUUGGAGCUUCUGAACGAUAUGUACCCAAAGGUGCACAGGUUCUGUACAUCCAUCUUUCCUAACGCUGAGGAUGAUGAUGUUAUCACAUCCCCGUAUAACAGCCUUUUGUCAAUGGCGGUGUUGGCCGAACAUGCUGACUGCGUCCUGCCGCUGGAGAAUCAAGCUCUGCUAGAUAUCAUCCAGAAGAAAGAGUCUUGGGAUGCAAAAGCAGAGGCUGGACAGCGUCUUCCAACCUCGAGAGGAGGAUCUAAAGUGAGGCCUGGAAAACCUUUUGACGAGAUGAAUGGCAUUGCCGCAAACUUGCUUUUGCACCUCACAAGCUCCAUGCGUUUCGAGGGUACCUUGAAUGUGGACUUGAAUGAGAUAACAACAAAUCUUGUCCCAUUUCCUCGUCUACAUUUCCUCGUUUCGAGCAUGGCUCCGUACUCCAGCUCCCUCCUUUCUGGCAGGUUAGGUCAGCAACCACAUUCUGUCAAUCAGAUAUUCACUGAGGUAUUUGCCAGAGAGAAUCAACUUAUCAAGGCCAGUCCGUCAAGUUAUACGUACCUUGCAUGUGCUCUGCUGAUGAGAGGCAACCUCUGCAACAUUUCCGACUUGAAUCAGAAUGUAUCACGUAUCAAGCAGAGACUUCACAUGGUUCAUUGGAAUACGGAAGGUUUCAAGAUUGGUUUGUGCAGUCAGCCAGCUCGCGACAUGCCAUGUUCCCUCCUUUGUCUCGCCAACAACACAUGCAUCGGGAGCCGGUUUGCAACGAUGAGAGAGAGCUUCAGCAAGCUGUACAAGAGGAAAUUCUACGUCCACCACUACACUCAAUACAUGGACAUUGGGGUCUUUGAUGACUCUUGUUGCCAAGUGGAUGAUUUGAUUGCGGAGUAUGCCGCACUGGAGGUCCUGCGGCCUCCUAACACGGUUCAGAGGCUAAGAUCGGUCCUGGCAGGCUUUUGAGAAGGUCAUUUUGGGUCUGGACCUGGCUAUUGGCUGGAGUUCAUCCAAGCUUCACAAAUCUUCGAACAGCUCUUAUGUGGAAAUACGCGAAAUCUACGUCCAGUUCGUGACCACUAUCUACUAUCUGAACAAUGUGCUCUGAUACAGUCCUCAAGAAAAUCGUGUGCUAUACACCUGACAGUCUUAUCCAUGCCACGACAGAUUUGACAGGCCUCGUC